AUGCAUGAAAAUUUCAAGGUUACCUUUUUCUAUAUUACCGUACUUCAAUGUUAUUUAAGGUUUAAUGGUUAUGUUGAACAUGAAAGCGGUGUUAAAGAGCCAGUGGAUAAGGUUAAUCUUCUACUUCGUGGCUGUGAAGUUCGGAAUACGGAUUUUGUUGAAGGAAUUGUGCUUUAUGCGGGGAAAGAUACUAAAGCAAUGCUGAAUAAUUCUGGUCCGCGUUACAAACGUAGUUCACUUGAAAAACUGACUAACUGGGAUAUUAUAUGGUGCGUCGUUUUACUGUUCCUCAUGUGCAUAUCAGGUGCCAUAUUCUCAUCAGUGUGGCUAAAUUCAUUUGAAAGUCCGUAUAGUGUUCAGUAUUUGGAUUUUUCCAAAGAAACUAGUGAUUUCAGCCCAAGUAGUGAAGGAAUGAUGAAUUUCUGGCGAUUUAUUGUCCGUUUAUUCUCUUCUAAACUGUUUAAAUUGGAACAGUCUAUUAAAUUGAUUAAUGUUAUGAUACCGAUCUCACUUUAUGUCUCAAUUGAAAUUAUUAAGCUCGGGCAGAUAUUUUUUAUGUCGCAGGAUAUAGAGUUGUAUUACGAACCGGUAGACAAAGGGAUUGAAUGCCGUGCUUUAAAUAUCCCGGAAGAACUUGGACAAAUUCAGUUCGUUAUGUCAGACAAAACAGGAACAUUGACCGAAAAUAAGAUGAUUUUUCGGCGAUGCUUUAUAAAUGGGAAAGAUUAUGGAGUAGACAUGAGGUCUGAGCCAAACGGCAGCUGUACAUCUUAUGGGAAGCCAGUUUUACAUAUUGAUAAAGAGCUUAAAGAACUUCUAAGAAGCGCUGCUUUGCUUAGUAUAUCUAAAGGAGAUGCCUGUUUGGAUGAAAAUGAGAUGUAUUAUUCUGAAUCACAUUUGUUUCAUUUCUUUGUGAACAUGGCUCUCUGCAACACUGUUGUUGUGAACGCACAACCCCAUCAGGAUCAAAUGGACGAAUCUGGUUCGGUCUCAAAAAACAUGUUUGCAAUUGCAAAUGCUGCCUUUCAAAAUGAUGGAAGCGAUAAAAGGGAUGAAAUUUGGGUUAAGGAACAUGAAAAUGAAGAGGUUGUUGAGGAAGACCAGCUUGAGGGAGACGAAGCAAAAGUUCCACCACUUGCAGACGAAGGUAAGUUAUCUCGUAAGUUUGAUAAGUUCAAGCAGAGUUUAAUGUGUCCUAGUGAUUAAAG